UACUGUGCCUCCUGGCCCUGCAGAGGAAUCAGUUUUUUUCCCAUUAGUUCUUAUCUCUCUAGUUCCUGUCAACCAUCAAUGUAUAAUAGACAUCAGAACUGUUUGUCCAGUCGUUUCCACCCGCAGAACCACUUCUCUUAUGGCUGUCAACCACAGAACUUCAUCUCCUGUGGGUAUCGACCACUGAAUUUUAUGUCCAGUGCCUGCCCUCCUUUGAGAUAUCUCUCCUAUGACUGUCAACCUCUCAGUUAUGUGUUCAGCAGCUUCAGGCCCCUGGACUAUGUGUCUAGUAGGUUUCAACCUGUUCUCUACAUAUACAAAAGUUUCCAACCAGCUUGCUCCUUUGGGACUUGGCAAACUCCAUUUAUUAGAAGAUCAUGCUGAAUUGUCAUUCUAGCAUCUUGCUAGAGAGCUUUGUAAAAAAUAUAAU